AUGUCGGAACAGAAGCAACCACUCAUAUCAAAUCCGGGCGGCUACCGCGAGUCGCUCGAAGACCUCGACCCUCGCUACGCAACCGAGUCGUAUCAGCACCAACCUUCAUCUGCCAACAACAACGUCGUCUUUGACGCAGCGUCCGCGGUCGAAUCGCAAUCACAUCCGUCCCGCGGCGGGGGAGCGUCGUGGCAGUCACAGCCGCAGUCGCUGCAAGGUGGCAGUGGUGGAGGCUCCUAUGGGACGUCGCAAGCGUGGAGUCUCAGCAGCAUCUGCGCGAUCGCAUGGGCACUACCGCCGUUCAGCUCGGCGUUCGUGCUGAUUUGGGAGACCGAGAAUGAUCUGGCGAGGUUCCAUGCAUAUCAGUCUGGGCUGAGCGGAGCACUGUUGAUCGUUGGGCUGUGGGUGUUGAGGAGCUUGCUUGGGCUUAAGACCAUCGGGUUGUUGGUGGGAAUGGGCGCAUAUGGUUGGUUCUGGGUCAACGCAUCAACCGCACAUAAGUCGGCACCAUCGCUCUCGAGAAACCCCUACCUGCCACACAUCGGCGAUAUAGCCUCCAGAUGGGUCGGUGAAGAGUAG